AUGCGCUCUGAGCUCGGUGCACAGCAGCCAUCCUCACUGCCGCCCCAGCCGUUAGGCCGCCGGAACAAAUCCGCCAGCUAUACUUUCCACAACAGCGUUUCGGCAACGCACAUGGCAUCUCCAUCAUGCAAGGUGCAACUAUACUAUGGACCGACGUCCCAUUUUACUCUCAUGCAUGAGAUCUACCGGGGCUUGGUCUCGAGUCAAACCACCCAUCCUGAGGAGCCGCAGAGUGAAGUCGAAGAGGCCGGGGCUGGGCUUGAUAUGUUCAGUUUUCGGAGCAUCUUCUUUGGAACGCCAGCCGAGACGCAUGAUACCAGUAAGGGGAUUGGUAACACAGCAGCACCAGUGAUGUUCUUGCCCUACGAACUCGCCAGGAUAUUUCUACAACGAUUUUUGUCAUCGCUGUACCAUCUGGUACCAUUCUGGCCUAAGGAGAUUUAUGAGCGCCAGCUAGAGCACUUGUAUUGCCCUUCCUCUGGUGCCGGCUCUGAUACUUGUGUCAACUCCAUCUUAUUGAUGGCUUUGGCCAAGGGCUCCCUGGGCACACAGCAUUAUCGCUGGGGGGAUAUUCUGUUUGAGCGGGUCAAGGCAUCUUGUGCCUCCUGGGACGACGUGGUGAAUCUCGAGACUCACGCCCAUUUUCAAACCGAGCAAGGUCGGCCAAAUUCUUCCUUCCUCUAUCUGGGCACAGCUGCGAGGAAGGCCAUCUCAACCGGCUUGCACAAGGAAUCACCGACUGAAGGAGGAGAGGGUAGGGAAAUGGUGGAGCAAAGACGAUUGACAUUUUGGUCCUUGUUUUUCUACGAAACCUGGAUUUGCUUUCAUCUUGGUCGCCCAAGCUCGCUCUCAUCAAGGGACGUUGGCAUCGCACCUCCCAAGGAUCCAUUCAUUCUCGUUCUUAUUCACCUGACAAAAGUUAUGACUCGUUCAGCAAACGAGAUCUACGGCCGACCACACGACUCGUUGUUGCAGAUGUGGAAGCUGGCCAGGUCAAUCUCAGAUGACCUUCGCUGUUAUGACGAGAAGAUGAAGCUUGCACUCGGAUUUGGGCUUGACAAAUGCGCCCAGCCGGGGGAUGUCGGAGUUCGGCAGGCUAUUCUCAUAACCCUAUACUAUCACACCAUCCUUUUGACAUUUCGGCCGUUCUUGAUCUUUCGCGGGCGAUGGCAGCGCGAUAUGAAAAAGUCGUCUUCUGAGGUUGGACCCAACACAACUAAACGUCCGACGGAAAUGCCGGCGUGGCUAAACGAGGCGUGCGACCACGCGAUCCACGCUGCGUGCAGAACUCUUCAUCAUCUAGGUGAAGCUGCUAUCGUCAAUGAGCUUGUUCGGGAACUUCGCUAUCAUGGCUUUUUCCUGACCAGCGCCUGCUUUGCACUCAUUUAUGACUUCAUGUAUAAUGAGAAAGUCGCUGCUACACACCUUCCAUGGGUUCACGUGGGCCUCCAAUGUCUUGGAGCCAUGCGGCCGGGCGAUCCCAUAACAAGCUCUAUUUCAGCUGUGCAAACUGUCCUCAAGAAACUGCACCCGUCAUAUGAGUGGGUGCCACCUGAACAUGCCCAGGGCCAGGCAUAUGCACCAAACCCCAUGGGCACUGGAUCAGCCCAACCCUAUUCUAGUGGUAUAGCCUCAAAUCAGACAAAUCCUAUGCGUGAAGCUUUCCCUGGAGACACUUUUCUGGGAGGGUACCUUCCUACAAUGCCAAACAUUCAAGUCAACCCGCUUCAAAGCGAUAUCCCGGAGGCUUCUGCUAGUGUUGGAAGCAGCGAGGAUCUUCCAGAUUUCAAUCUGUCGGAUAUGGGAUGGGAUUUCGAUUUCUCCACAAUGGAUCUUGAAGCAUUUUUCUCCAUCCAACCAACUAUGAACCCUUCACAGACACUCCACUCGUUUGUGAUCCUUUUCGAUCGGGAACAAGCAAACAUCAUUGCGGAAGCAUCACCUUCUCUCCUUUUAGAUGGAGACGGAGAGCUUGACGGCGACGAUGAGGUUGCCCGGCAAGUAAAAGUGUUAACCCUACGCCUGGUUGAAGCCGAUGCCAUUGAUACUUCCAGCGUUAUUAAGAGCACGUGCUACGUUAUCCAUGACCUCACGCAGGACAAUCAAUAUGACAACCACCUGAUCCAGUUCUUCGCAGCGGUCCCGAUCCCUGAUUCGAACAAAGAUACGAUCGGUGCGGUUUGCAUCGUAGACAAAACGCCACAUCCGAAUUUUGGAGAAAGCGAGGUCGCAAGCAUGCACGAGAUUGCAGGUCUGGUCGCUUGUAGUAUCAAGGAUAGCUCGGUUGAACAGCACCACUUUCAGGCAGAGCGGCUUAUCAAUGGGUUGACCACUUUUGUCAGCGGUCAGGUUGUCCCUGAGCCUGAAGAGGACUGUUAUCCCAAGAGACGGCCAUCAUACCUUCCUGGUAUCGAUGACCUUUCCAUCUCUGAGAGUCGGGGCGUGGGCUCACCACAAUACACACACUUUGACCCUCCUGGUACUGGUCACUACGGGUCAGGGACAGAAACCCCGCCAAAUCAAUUCUUCUCAAAAAUCCAUGACAGAAGAAAUUCGGUGACUGUCAUCGAGGGAAGCACUGUAUCCCCUUCCAUGUCCCUUUUGUUCUCCCGUGCUAGCGCUUUGCUUCGGAAAUGCAUGGAUCUAGGCGGCGUGCUUUUUUUAGACGCCACUCGAAGUAAUGCGCGAAGCUCCCGCUCUGCUAGCGUGAGUGACCUGGAAAUGCUCUCCAAAGACGGCGAUUCUGGCAUCAACUCUCCGGGCCUAUCAUCAGUCGGGCCUUGGCGAGAGAGGUAUUCAAUCUCGGAAGGCUUGCUGCAUGACUUGUUUGCCGCAUACCCAAAAGGCACCAUUUUCAAUACCCGCAACCUCAUUGACUGUACCAGUCAGAAAUGCGGCCACGGCACGGAUGCAAAGGGAUCGCGUCAUCACGGGAUCAUUCUUCGCCUGGUACAAGAGCUUCCAGAGGCGAAAUCUCUCCUUUUUCUCCCAAUGUGGAAUUGGAAUACAUCCCGCUGGUUGGCAGGUGCGUUCUUGUGGACAUGCGACAGCCAACGACAUUUUGAACAAACCGAUUUGUUCUAUGUCAAAGCAUACGGUGACUCCAUUGUGUCAGAAGCAGCUCAAAUGGACUGGCAGGCGACGGAAAAGUCCAAAUCAGAUUUACUGUCAUCCGUCAGCCAUGAGCUAAGAUCACCGCUACAUGGCAUGCUUGCCAGUGUAGAGCUGUUGCACACCACGGAUCUUCAACCGGCUCAGCAGGAUAUGCUCACGAUGAUUGAAACCUGUGGUUUGACACUGCUGGAUACGUUGAAUUAUCUGCUGGAUUUUACAAAAAUCAAUAAUCUCACUAGUGCAGACGCGAAGAAUGACGGAAAUUAUGAAACCUCCCUCGCCGAUCUAACCUGCGAAUUCGAUUUGGACACUCUGGUAGAGGAUGUGGUGGACACUCUAUAUGCAGGUCACCGGUCCCUGAUCAACGCCUCUCAAGUCGCCGGCCGGUACCUGCCCAGCGGGCCAGCAGUGGGAAUUAGAUCUGACCAGGGCACCGAGAACGCGAAGGAAUCGAGCGACUUAUCAGUGAUUGUCCGGGUUGAGGCGGGAGACUGGAAAGUGCAGUCCAUUCCCGGGGGGUGGAGAAGAAUCGUCAUGAACCUGCUCGGCAACGCAUUCAAGUUUACCAAGUCUGGUUUCAUUGAGGUCACCCUAUCCAGGAAGGCAGAAAGAACCUGCGGCACGAAGAGGGUGUUUGCUCAUUUGACCAUAACAGAUACCGGAUGUGGCAUCUCUCCGGAGUACCUGGAGCACAAACUAUUUCAGCCAUUUACCCAAGGAAACAUCCUGACGGAAGGAGUUGGCCUAGGACUCAGUAUCGUCGACCGGCUUGUGACAAAUGUCGGUGGCCAGGUUGACGUGAAGAGUACCGUCGGCAUCGGAACUCAAGUGGAUGUGUACAUUCCGGUUGAAUUCAUCGAUACGCUAGUGGAUGGUACUUCUGGGCAAGUGCAACCAGAGAGCGAGUCGAUCUCUCGGGUUAGCCUAGUAGGAAUGAACGUAUUCUCCAAUCUGAAGAGGUCAAGCCGAAGACUGAGUGUUGAAGCGAAGAGGAGGCUGGCAGUUCGCAGUGCACUGAGUAAUGCAAUCCUCAACCAGCCUGGCUGGACAGUCUCAUUUGCCGACACAUUAUCUCAAGCGAGCGGCGAUAUCGGUAUUGUGGAGGAAAGCAGUUUGGCUGAGAUGGCAGGACAAGAACCAAUAACUACAGAACUCAGGGCACUGGUCAUACUAGGACAGCAUGGUAUCAAUAUACCUAUCGAUCCUGUUAUGAAAGAGGUGGACGUGCUCUACGUGCCUCAACCACUCACGCCUCGAAAAAUCAUGGGCGCGCUGCACUCAAUUUCCAACUUGCCAGACGGAUCGGGACAAAUCGAUGGUGCCGAUGGUAUCCCAUCUCGUGAACGCAGCUUGUCGGAAGCCUUUGCCCUGGCAAAACAGACAGAGUCGCCCCCGGUGGUGAGGGAAAGCGUGGACGAGUUCCGUGCCUCGACACCUGAGCCCUCGAAAAUGAUCGACCUACAUGUGCUGAUUGUGGACGAUAAUGACAUCAAUCUCAAGAUACUGGCUACCUUUAUGCGUCGCAUCGGGUGCAGCUAUGAGACAGCGAAUAAUGGACUCGUGGCGCUUGAGAAGUACCGGCAGUCUGAGCGCCAGUUCAACUAUAUCCUGAUGGACAUUUCAAUGCCGGUAAUGGACGGGAUCAGCUCCACAAGCAAGAUUCGAGAGUACGAGGAGGAGAAUUCCCUUCCCCGGACUGCCAUCAUGGCCGUGACAGGGGUCGCGUCAGCCUCGAUGCAGCAACGGGCAUUUGCCGCGGGGAUCGAUGAUUAUCUGGUGAAACCUCUUUCACUGCGUGAUUUGAAACGAAUUAUGAAUAUUGCAUGA